GAAUCUUCCAUGUUUCAGUUUGAGCCCGCUGUGUCUCGGUCUGUCACAGGGCACCAUUAAUGAGCAUCUAAGUCUCUUCUUCAUUUCCUCCCAUCAACUAUAUGUGUUGAUGAGUCUUCCUCUGAGCUUUUUCAGGCUGACCAGUCCUAGCUCUCAGCCUCUCAUAUGAAAGAUGCUACAGUCCCUUAGUCUCUUUGCUAGACUCCAAUAUAUUCGUGCCUCUGUUGCACUGAAGUGCCUAGAAUGGGACACAGAACUCUGGGUGCAGAGGAUGGAGCAUCUUUGACUUGUUGGUGCCUUUCUUCCCAAUGGAGCCAGGAUGCUGCUGGUUAGGGUAAUGCUUUCUGCCAGGCUUAUCUGUGUGCCCCAGGCCAGGAAUUGCUGGGCUGUUGCUUGUUGGAGUUUAUGUCAGGGAGCAGCAGGUGAAGCUGAACAGAUCCUUGGAGGAAUACGGUUAAGCCCAAGAAUAAAUCUCACCUGCAUUCCCCAAGUUUGGGUCCUGGAUACCUCACCUGUGGUAAGUUAGGAGCAAAGUACAGCAGGCUGUGCCUACUGAUCCCCUGAACUUGGUGUGUAGAAUGCAGUGCUUCUGACCUGUGGAUGUUGGAUUUCCAGGUAAACGCAUCCUAUGGAUGUAGGGGGUGGGUUCUAUGCAAGCAGUAAGUGUAAAUGGCUACAGGUCGUUGUAGAGCUGGCAUCUGCAUUAACAGUAUAGCAGGUACUGCCCCACUGAUGUGGAUGAUUUGGGGAUACCCUCGAUGGGAUGCAUGUUUCUUUAAUACCUGUCCUAAACCCUGUGUGCUUUUGGCACAUGUCUAUUGUUAGGCAGUAGAGUCCAGGUGAUGAAAGUAAAUAAUGGAUAGACUUUGACAAAAGGAAGCAAAAGGAAUAAGGAAAUGCAACCUAUCUGCUCUCACCAGCUGAGAGGUACCCCUUCCCCAUGACUGCCCACAGGCAGGAGCCUGUGCAAAGGUGCUCAGUCCCCUCCCUGGUGGUUUGCUUUUUCAUGCUCACCCAGCUGCUAGUGUUAAGGGCACAGCCAUACCCUGCAGGAAAAGCAGAGCCUGCUGCAGUUCCCGCUAGCCCAAGCCCUGCCAUAGGGAUGCUGCCAGCUCCCAGGAAGGGCUGAGAGUGCCAUGGGGCAGCGGUAACCGGGUGCUCACCAUGGCAGCAGGGGCACAAAGAGGGACAGAACCCCCACAGGUGGAACGGUGGCUGGGUGCAGGUGCUGGGCUGCGGGAUGGCGGCCAUGCCCUUCUCCUAGAUCCUCACUGCUACUGCCUGUCCUGGGCCAAGAUGGGGGAUAUUGAAGAGGUUUUUGCGUCCUUCUUGGCUGCUGAAGCAGUAGAAGGAGAGGAGGCCCUGCUGUAUCUGACGAGGCGUUGCAAAGGGCUGGCAGUGAGCGCGUGUGCCCAUGCCGUCUUCUUCUGCAGGCUUCUGCAGGCCUUCAGGGUGAGCAGCAGUGGGAAGGCCUUGCUGACUUCUCUGGCAGAUAGCCACAGCCUGAAGGUUGGUAUUAUUGGUGGAGGCCGCCUUGGGAAGCAGCUGGCCCGAGCACUGGUGACAGUGGGUCAGGCUCCUUGCUCCAGUGUCCGCAUUUCUACCCGGCGCCCUGAGAGCCUGUCACACCUGCAGAAACUAGGGCUCAACUGCUUCUACGACAACGCGCAGCUGGCAGCCUGGGCAGACGUCCUGUUCCUCUGCUGCCUGCCAUCGCACACGCCAUCCAUCUGCUCUGUAGUGCGGCCAGCCAUCCGGAAACCCUGCAUCGUGUACAGCCUCAUCACUGCUGUCCCUCUGCCCAGGUUGAAGCAACUCCUUUGCUACAAUGCCAUCGUGAGGCCACAGUACCAGUGCCCUGGCAAGGAGCCUACAAAGGAGUGGGGGACAAAGGGGGCGGUCACAGAGGCGCUGCAAGACCUUGCUGUUGUGCAGGCAACGUGCCCCCUCAACUCCCAAGCGAAAAUAAAAGUCAAUGGCAAAUGGCUGGUGGGCAUUUUCUAUGCAGCCCUGAACAGCAGCAUGUGGCAGAGCCUGCCUCACCAGGAGGCACUGGCAUUGCUCAAUGACCUCUGUUUUCCUGAACACUGCCAUAUCUGUGCAGAGCAGAAAGCUUCCUGCCCACAGUUUACAUGCGAGAGUUUUGUCAGCAAAAGUUUUGCCUCUUCAAUGACUCCAGAGGAAACCUUCCCAUGGUUUGACCUGACAGCUGCACAACUGAGAGAGUCUCCCUUUAGCCAGCUGCUAGAAAAGAGUGAGUCUGUCCAGAACCAUCUUGCUCUGCUGUACCAGGCAUCUUUUGGAGACUGGCCUGUGAAGCAGCAUGUGCUGACCAGCACCAAGACUUCUCCUACAUUAGCCAUAACGGAACCUGGCAUGAUGUUGGUUCAGGACUCCUCACUGUCCACAGCUGCUUCGAAGGUUUUUUCAGGAAUUCCAGAGGAAACUACUGACUAUGUUUCUAAAUCCUCAUAAACUGAAAUGAAGUCCACGAUAGGAUGUUAUGCUGAGAUCUCAUCCCGGAGGGAUGAAUACCCAGAGAUGUUGACAACUCUCUUCCAUCAGUUUCUCUUGCUGGUCUCAGUAGUAUCUAGUAGAAGAACACACUGUAACGACUUCAUAUUGCCAGGCAGAAAUAAUGCCAAAAAGCAAAUAAACCUUUACUUGGACUAUAUUUUGUCCAAAUCCA